CCACCAUUUAGCGCUAAGGACAAGGUCAAGAAUGGUGAGUACUGCUAUUAAGUAAUUAACACGAGUCGCAUAGCUAGACGCCUAUACUAUGGCUACAUCCAGCCGUGGAUUCACAGGAUUGUACACUUGACAUUUCAUCACUUCCAAAGUUGAUCGAGAAAGUAUGGAGAACGACGAUGUGAGGUAUGAUCACAUUGUCAUAGUGCUUGGUGUCGCCGUAUUUGUUUUACUGAACUUCUGAUGUGACCGUGCUGCAGCAUGGAAGACUUGCCAGACGAUUUGACGCCAUCUAUCACUCGAAUAGCUAUGGACCACGUUGGUGCAGGUUCAUAUGGCGAUGUCUGGAAAUGCAAUUAUACUAAUGCAAAUGGUAUUUCUACCCUCGUUAGUCCAUGUGUUGGAUUCAAUUUACUAUGCAACUGGCUGAUCAUGAUCGGGACAUGGACAUUGAUCGAUAAGGUUGCGGUCAAGGCCUUCAAACUUCCAGACCAUUAUGAUUUAGAGACACUCAACAGGAAAAUCAGCCGAGAAAUUGGCAUAUUGAAGAUUCUACACCAUGGCAACAUUGUACCCUUGUUGGGUAUAGCGACAGGAUUUGGAUCCAGGCCAGAAUUGCGCUGCAUAGUUUCUCCGUGGAUGCCAAAUGGCACAUUGAAUGCAUACCUAGUAUCUAACCACAACCAUCUAACAGUCUUGGACCGUUCGCGUAUGCUGGAGGAUGUCAGUGCUGGACUUCGUUACCUGCACUCGAUUCCUGUCAUGCACUGUGAUAUAACAGGGGCAAAUAUACUGAUCGACGAGGGAGGUCAUGCGAGGUUAAUCGAUUUUGGUCUUUCCACCAUUACAAAACCCCUUCUUGGCCAGUCGCAUUUGGCUGUGACAUCUAUACAUCACGGAGCAAUCCCCUAUGCUGCACCAGAACUCAUUCUACCAGAAACUACAUGUGACCCGGGGUUGGAGGAAAAAAGCGAUAUCUACUCCUUUGGUUGUGUAAUGCUUCAAAUUCUCUCGGGUCGGCCGCCUUGGUCUGAGAUUACAGCUCCAAACCGCAUGGCAUGCAUUAUUACCCAGAUGUCCCGAGGUUGUAGACCGCAGCGUCCAGAUGGUCAUCCAGAAAUAAUAGACUCUGAUUGGAAAUUCAUCCAAAAAUGUUUGCAAUCCGAACCCGAACUUCGUCCUUCAGCAGAUGAAGUGCUUGACUUUGUCAUGCAUAGGUUUUCCUUUCCAGACUCUUGUAGUAAACUGCCUGAUGAUCAUCCCGAUGAUGCGCCGGAUGAUUUCCCUGGAACUUCCCCGCACGGUGGUUCCAAUGACUCAGAUACAGCAGAACAACCACCCGACAGUCCCCCACUCCACCCUGAUGAUGAACUGAAGACUUUGUUCACGGUCGCAGAUACUUUGUCUGCUUCCACCUCGACUGCUCCUGCAUUUCACGUAUCGUCUUUUUCUCACAACGACUCAAGUAAUGAAGUAUCUGAGUCCUCCACUACACCAGGACAUGGCCAUUCUCUCGAAGAAGUGUUUCAGUGCAAGUGUAAUGGUCCUGACGGGCUAUCUUGCGAUAACUUGAUUCAACGCCACGAUCUCUCUUCUCACCUACGUGAAGUCCAUGGAAUUCGUGGCUCACCUAAGCUCAUCGUCAUGUGCAUCUGGGAUGGUUGCAGUACGGUGCUUAAAAAAGAAUCCCUCUUGAGGCAUAUGGAAGAGGUUCAUUUGCGGGUUGUGUACUCCUGUGACUGCGGGAAGAGGUUCAAGCGCAAAGAUCUUAUCAAUGCCCACAGGAGGAAGUGCACUGUGAUCAGCAGUAGUUCAUGAUAUGGGGAGACAGCAACGUGCGCACAAGCUGGUUUGAAGGUUCUGGCUCAUGAUUAAAUCUCAUGUAUAAUGAUAUGAUAUCCUGCGCAUCAGUGGACACACAUUAGCAGACUUUAGCUAUUUUGAUGUUGCACUUGGCGUAUCGACUCGUGCCAACGCCACUACCUGGCCCACAUUUGAUGAUGUCUGGAAAUGUAUCCUAAUACUUAGUGACUGGUAUACCGGCCGGUAUGUAGUCUACGUAGCAGUCAAGAGUCCAGAUAUGCAGUUCAAAAUCACAAAGUGAGUAUUAUAUGUGAAUGCGCGUACAUGUAUCUAAG